GCGCUCUCUCCCCCUCCCCCUUCUGGAGAGUUCUGCACGGCGGCCGCAGGACAAAUAGUCCCCGCCGCUCCCCCGCCUCUACUCCUCUCUCCCGCCCGGGCCUCCCCCUUCGCUCCCAGCCCUGCCGCGGGCCCCGCCGACCCACCGCCGUGCGGCGGCGGCGGCGGAGGAGGAGGUGGGGGGGGGUGGUGGUGGUGUGUGUGAGGGCGCUGCGGCGGAGUGAUACGCGGAAGGCCGGCGAGGAGGCGCCAGCACAUAAAGAGGCGGCGGAGGGAUGCGGUAGGAGCUACGGCAGCGGCAGCCAGGUCCAGCCCCGCCGCCAGCCCCGCCGCGCGCCCGGCCGCCCGCCGGCCCCCUCCCUCCCGCUGCCGCCUGCUGGGGGGGGUCUCCUCUUCCCUUCCCUUCCCCCCCUGCUCUCUCUCCUUCCCCUCCCCCCUUUCCCCUCCCCCCCGCCACCUCCGCGCUCCUCCCCCCUCCCCCCCCCCUUUCUACCCCUCCCCCUCGGAAAAUAGUCCCCGCGGGCUGCCCCCUCCCCGCCCGCCCCUCCUCGCCGCCUCGCGCACACAAUGGCGCUGAAGAGAAUCCACAAGGAGUUGAAUGAUCUGGCACGUGAUCCUCCAGCACAGUGUUCAGCAGGGCCUGUUGGUGAUGACAUGUUCCAUUGGCAAGCUACAAUAAUGGGACCAAAUGACAGUCCCUAUCAAGGUGGAGUAUUUUUCUUGACGAUUCACUUCCCAACAGAUUAUCCCUUCAAACCACCUAAGGUUGCAUUUACAACAAGAAUCUAUCAUCCAAAUAUUAACAGUAAUGGCAGCAUUUGUCUUGAUAUUCUACGAUCACAGUGGUCCCCAGCACUAACUAUUUCAAAAGUACUUUUGUCCAUCUGUUCUCUGUUGUGUGAUCCCAAUCCAGAUGAUCCUUUAGUGCCUGAGAUUGCACGGAUCUACAAAACAGAUAGAGAAAAGUACAACAGAAUAGCUCGGGAAUGGACUCAGAAGUAUGCGAUGUAAUUAAAAGAAAUUAUUGGAUAACCUCUACAAAUAAAGAUAGGGGAACUCUGAAAGAGAAAGUCCUUUUGAUUUCCAUUUGACUGCUUUCUAUGAGCCCACGCCUCAUCUUCCCCUGUGCACAUGUUUACCUGAUACAGCAGUGCUGCGUGUUGUACAUACUUGGAACAACAAAAUAGAAAUACUGUAUUUUCCCCGUACCAACAUUGACUCCUAGCAGAGAAGUGUGUGUGUGAAAAAGCUGGUUCUUCAGUCAUAACUUUGUGAGCCUAAAAGCAUUCCUCGUUUGAUUUAAAUUGGGUAAUAAAAUGUGAAUGGGCGAGCUAUGGUGGAUUUCAUAUUUCUAGGGACGGUGUUGCUGAUCCAUGGAGGCUUUUUUUAAGUGGAAUCCUUUUAAACUCAUAACAGUUAUGAAAAGCAAGGUGAAGAACUUGAAGCUGUUUCUGUAUUCAUUUUAUUCUGAAGGACCUACACCUUAGGUAAAUGUUAUGACCAAUGAGAUAAACUGUACCCACAUCCUGUGUUUAAGGUCGAAGUUUAACCGGUCAACAUUUAAAUGGAUUUGGAGCUAUUAGUGCAUCAAGUGAUGUUGAUUUGUUUCAACUCUCUCCCCUCCUUCAUACUUUUUUUUUUGGUUUGUAUGUGGUUUCUCAGUUAAUACAUAGCUAAUAGCUCUUAUUUUUCUUAAGUUUUUUAACUGCUUAGGUCUUUCUGGAUGUAAGGGUAAAAAUCCAUUUGACAGAAAACUUGUGUAUAUUUAAAGACCCAACCGCUCCCCUGGAGCUUGUACGUUCAAGAAUGAUUAAUCUGUGUAAUAAACUGAUUACUACAGUCAUUACAUAUAACUUUGUGUGAAUAGGCUUUUAAUUUGGAGAGCAGUUUGUUACAGGCUAAAACUUAAAACGGUGGAGUUCUGGAAAACGUUUGCAUUCGCGACUGGUUGCAUUCGGAAGCCUCACGAAGCGGUUUGGGUUCGCAUCACACCAGGCCGUGCACCUGAACGGGACAAACAUAAGCUUUGAAGCACUUAACAUGAAAUCAGGCUGUGUAGUGUGCCAGGAACUUGACUGUUAAAAACCAAAUAAGCAGUUUACUAAAUGAGAAUCUGAGUGACGGUUUUUUUUUUUUUUUUUUACAAAGCCUAAUGGUAUUAUUCCCACUUGCAUGGGACCUAACACAAUGCGUAUGUACUGUAGGUAAGUGAAACCUUAUGUAACUAAAAUAAUGGAUGUAAAAGGGUAAAAAAAGAGACAGGAAAAAAAAAAAAACAAACAACAAACCUACCAAA